AUGGCUGUCUCAUUUCCCGCUAUCAAGGCCGUAAACACCUUCGUCGUUGAUGGAGUGGGCUCUGGAGGCGACUAUCACAAUGUGAAAGGUGGGCACUGGCUUAUUGAUUCCCCCAUUGCAACGCCAAUGGCUAGAUGGGAGCAGUACCGGGGCUCCCGGACAAGCUGGGGCAUAAAUGUGCUUGGCUCCUUUUGCGUUGAGAUAAUAGCAACAGAUGGCAACAAGGGGUUUGCAACUGGAUUCGGUGGCCCUCCAGCAUGUUGGUUGGUGACGCAGCAUUUUGAAAGAUUUCUAAUUGGUGCAGACCCUAGAGAUACAAACAACUUGUUCGAAAAGAUGUAUCGUGCUUCCAUGUUUUAUGGCCGAAAAGGCCUCCCAGUUGCCGUCAUCUCAGUCAUAGAUUUAGCCAUCUGGGACUUGCUAGGGAAGAUUCGCAAAGAACCAGUCUACAAACUUAUCGGCGGUGCGACUCGUUCCCGACUAAACUUUUAUUGCACUGGCCCAGAACCAGGUUUUUCUAAGGCCAUGGGCUUUUCCGGCGCCAAAGUAGCCCUCCCAUUUGGUCCGGACGAGGGCAUCGAUGGCCUUACCAAAAACGUCGAGUACCUGAAAAAACAGCGGGAGAAGGUUGGCCCAAACUUUCCACUGAGGGUUGAUUGUUACAUGUCCCUAAACGUAUCCUACACCAUCGAGCUAGUCAAAGCCUGUGAAUCGGAAAAUAUCCAUAUCGAUUGGUGGGAAGAAUGUUUGUCGCCAGAUGAUGUUGACGGUCAGGCUUUACUCAAAAGAGCCCAUCCAACUGUCAAAUUCACUACUGGCGAGCACGAGUAUUCAAGAUAUGGGUUUCGAAAGCUGAUAGAAUCACGAAACUUGGAUAUCAUUCAGCCAGACGUCAUGUGGGUUGGAGGCAUGACUGAGCUACUGAAGAUAUCGGCAAUGGCAGCAGCUUAUGAUAUACCCGUUGUCCCACAUGCCUCUGGACCCUAUUCCUAUCACUUUGUGGUUUCACAGUCCAACGCGCCAUUCCAGGAAUACCUGGCCAACUCUCCCGAUGGGAAGAGUGUACAUCCUGUCUUUGGAGAUCUGUUUUUAAACGAACCGAUUCCGACCAGAGGCUAUCUUGAUGUUAGCGUUUUGGAUAAACCUGGAUUUGGGCUCGAGGUGAAUCCCGCCGCAAAACUCAUACCAGCAAAUUACAUUCUUACUCCAAGCCCUCAGAAACCACUAAAAAACAACAAUUUCGUUUACCAUAAGCAUGAUAAACUGGAUAGCGAAAAAUCCCGUUCGAUGAACCCUACAGUCGAGAUGCCUUUACAGUCACUAGACCGCCAUGCGAUUCACCAGCUGCAAGCAGAACAAGCAGAGUUGCUUGAUGUCAUUGACACCCUACGAAGCCUCCGCUUGGGCCAGAUAGUUGAGCUACCUCAAUUAAUUGUCUGUGGUGAUCAAUCGAGCGGCAAAAGCUCCGUCCUAGAAGCCAUUUCACGAGUCCAAUUUCCUGCACAGGACACCGUGUGCACUCGGUUCGCUACUGAGAUUAUCCUGCGUCGCAGUGCUGGCCCCAGUUUCAAGGUCACGAUCGAACCUGGCCCUUCUAGGAUGGACAGGGCCGAAAAAGAUCGACUACGUGCAUUUCCGGGUGAUAUAUCGGAUCAGGUCGACCUUCCCAGUCUAAUAGAUCGGGCGAAAGAAUGCAUGCAAGUGUCACUAGAUGGGAAGAUGGCUGGGUAUAGCGACGACGUACUGAAGGUUGAGCUCUGCGGACCUAGCCAGCCCGAGUUAACGCUGGUUGACCUCCCUGGCCUCUAUCGUUCAGGCAGCAAGGUCCAGGGAGCCGAAGGGAUUCCAGUUGUUGAAAAGCUAGUGGAUUCAUACAUGAGCAACAAGAAGAGCAUUAUUUUGGCCGUCAUAUCGGCCAAAACGGAAUAUAGCCUUCAGGACAUCCUCGGACGCGCGCAAAAACAUGACAAGAAUUGGGAGCGAACUCUAGCAAUCAUUACCAAACCGGAUCUACUAGAUGCAAACUCAAAGCUAGAGGAGGAAUAUAUCAAUCUCGCAUGCAAUGAGCAAAUAAAACUUGACCUAGGAUGGCAUACCCUCCGCAACAGAGGGUAUGCCGACAGGGACUCUUCUAAUGAUGCCCGAGAUGAAAGGGAGAGAGAAUUUUUCGAUAGCGGUCGCUGGUCUAGUGUGCCUCGAGAAUCUGUUGGAGUUACAACGCUUCGGGCUAAACUGAGCAGUAUUUUGCUCGCUCAUAUCAGCAAGAAUAUCCCUGGUUUGAUAAAGGAAAUUCAAAACAAAAUCGUCGAUCGUCAGCACAGAGUGGCUAAAUUGGGAGAGGGACGGUCUACUUUGACAGAAAAAAAGGAGUACCUCCUUACCGUUAGCAGUCGAUUCGAAAAGAUCACUGCGCAGGCGAUUAGUGGACUGUAUAUGGACAGUUUCUUCGAAGGCCUUUAUCCCGCUCCCGGUGUCCCUGAUGUCAAACGACUCCGUGCCCUUAUCCGCGGGCUGAACGAAAAUUUCGCUGAAGCGAUGGCAGACAGGGGCGAGAGACGCCGAAUCAUAGACGCCGUAUCUCCUGGUGAAUCUAGAGCCAAUGACAUAUUGAGGGACGAUCUUGAGGUUGAUAUUCGAGAAAUGGCAAAGAGAAACCGGGGCAUCGAACUACCAGGAUCUGCAAACCAGCUGCUCGUUGGAGACCUUUUUCGCGAUCAAUUAAAACCCUGGGAAGCACUGGCGCAAAACCAUUUGAUGAUAGUAUGGCACAAAAUCAGACAGUUCCUUGAAUUGCUUCUUAAACAUCUGACUGAUAAAUUUACUUAUCCUCUCCUUAUGCGUCAUAUUCUUGACCAGCAACUUGAAGAAAUGAAAGAAAAUGUCUUGCGGAAGCUUGAUGAGCUUGUUUCUUACAACAAACGAGGACAUCCUCUCCCAUUUGACGGGCCUUUUCUUCAGUCACUAGACAGUUUUACGACCGACAAACAGGUCAGGGCGCUGGAAGCGGCUCUUCGACAGGAUCGUGAUCAGUUGGCUGACGCCCCCCGGGCCGGAAAUAAUAACUCCUUCACGAUUAGAGAAAUUCAAAAUGCAACGGCAACUAUUAACUCCUCAAGGGAUAGGUAUGCAGCGUCAGGAAUCAUUGAUCUCAUGAGCAUAUACUACAAGGUGCGUACACUCUUCCGGGUUCCAUCAGCGCAGUGA